AUGGGGGACGAAUCAAAUCCACCGCCACGAACCAAGGACCUUGGAUCACCGUCCAUCCAAUGUCCGAUGUUAACUUCGAUAAACUAUACAGUUUGGUCGAUACGUAUGAGAGUCACGCUUCGAGUUAGCGAGGUGUGGGAGACUAUUGAUCCUGGAUCCACCGAUCAGAAGAUGAACGACGUGGCGACUGCUCUUCUGUUUCAAUCCAUCCCCGAGUCACUCAUCCUGCAAGUUGGAGAUCAAGGUUCGGCUAAAACCCUAUGGGAAGCCAUACGAGCACGUCACCAAGGUGCGGAACGUGGGAAGGAAGCGAUACUUCAAACCCUACUUGCAGAUCUUGAUCGGGUAACGAUGAACGAUACCGACUCUGUUGAUGAUUUUGCUGGCAAGAUCUCAGGCCUAGCAUUGCAGUCAGCUUCUUUGGGAGAGAUCAUUGACGAAUCAAAGUUGGGGAGGAGACCCGGAGUGAAGACCAAGCAAAACUUAUGUUUUCAAAUUCAAACAAUCAAGGAAACUAUGGUGGAUAUCAAGGAAACAGAGGAGGCUAUAACAGAGGAGGUUAUGGUCGAAGAGGAAGCAGUCGAGGAGGAUAUGGUCGUGGUGGAUAUGGUCGAGGUGGUUUUGGUCGUGGUAACUACAGUGGAGAUAGUUCUGGCAGAGGCAGGGGAUGAGGAAGGUCACUACGCAUCCUCAUGUCAAGCGAAAGAAGUUGCACAUCAAGAGACAAAUCUGAAUGAAACUCAUGAAGCUGAUGCACUUUACGUUCAUGAGGUGGUGUUCUUGAAUGAGGAUAAGGUGUUUCCCAAGAACUAUGAUACUAACAAUGAAAGUAUAUGGUAUCUUGACAAUGGUGCUAGCAACCACAUGACGGGAAACAAAGAAUUCUUCUCAAGCCUAGACACGAGCAUCAGAGGGAAGGUCAAGCUUGGUGAUGGCUCGUUUGUUAACAUUGUUGGGAAGGGAUCGAUUGUAUUUGUGGGAAAAACGGGUGAGAGGCGAUCACUCAAGGAGAUUUACUACAUUUCGGACCUGAAGCACAACAUUAUCAGUUUAGGACAAGCGACUGAAUUUGGAUGUGAAGUGAACAUGAAGGGAAACAUGUUAACUUUAAGCGAUCCUGCUGGGCGGUUGUUGGUAAGAGUCACGAGAUCAUCAAACCACUUGUACAAGACGCCAAUGGAGGUUGAGUAUCCUAAGUGUCUUUAUAUCCAAGAUAACGACACUACUCUAACAUGGCAUGCACGGCUGUGA